UUCAAGCUUCCGGUCGGUCACUGCGCAGGUGCUUUAAAACAUGGCGGGGAAAGCUUGACAGACUCGGUGUACAGUAGAACUGUGCCGACCAAAUGUAAUGUUUUAUCGCUAAACACUUUAGGCCAAUGAUGAUAGUCGCUUUUGGACUUUUUUAGCUAACCUCUCCGUUGCUCUCACUAACGGAAGUUAUUUAUUCGUGAUGCAAAAAACUGAGGAAGCUGAAGGCGCUCAACAGUCGCUGGUUUUCUUUGACCUGGAGACGACUGGACUGGAUCCAAAUUGUGAGAUCGUCCAGCUGGCUGCGGUGAGUGGAGGCCACUCGCUGAACCUCUACGUCGUCCCUCGCUGUCGAAUGCAGCGAGGAGCUUCCAAGGUGACUGGCUUCAAGGUUCACAGGCAGAGGCUGUACCUGCACCGGCAGCCUGUUCUCACCAACUCCCUCAGAGAGGUGCUCGUCUCCUUUAUAGCUUUCCUUCAGAUGCUCGGCCGCCCUCUCGUCGUCGGCCACAACAUUCGCCGCUUUGAUUGUGUGCUUCUGGCUCGCGCGCUAGAUGAAUUUGGUCUCAGAGCAGAGUUUGAGUCUUUGGUCUCAGGUUACGUUGACACUCUGCCGCUGUCACGUGAGGUGCUGAAGGACUAUGGGCUGGAGAGUUUUCGACAGGAGAACUUGGUCAGGGAGCUGCUGGGCGUGAGCUACAAGGCCCAUGAUGCUCUGGAGGACGUGCGGGCUUUACAGGCACUGUAUGAUGUUCUUCGGCCCAAGCCGGAAGUGAUCUGCAGGCACAGAUUUACUCUGGACACCAUGGACGACAAAACACCUGUCACAGCUGCCAAAGUGCACUGCAGACUACCAGGACAGCGCCCCCUGUGGGAGCACUUCAAACAGACCGUGACGGUUACGGAGGAUCAUAACAGAACCUGAUACAAUUUUAAUUCAUUAUCUGAGACUUAAGAAAUUAAUAUUAAAAGAAAAUAAGUAAACAUAACGAAAGCCUGUACACUGGAUAUAAGGAAAUAAAGCUUUAUUGCACUUUUCUACAACACAACAUAAGUGGUCGAGCCUUAGGCAGUGUGGGGUAAAUUUUAAAAUGCCUUACUCAUCGUUGACCUAGCAGCUUUACUUUCAUUAUUAUAUUCAGAUAUUUGCUACCAGCUUUAUGACAAAAGAAACUUCAUAUACUUAAUGUUUCAAUGUGUUCUAUAGAAAGCUAUAUUUGACAUUAAUAAAUGUGUUGCAUUUCUACUCUGUUCCAGAUUGUAUACUCUCACAUGCUCUUUUCUGCUCACUAGCAUGUAAAACAUUCCAAUCAGAGAUGCCUACACCGCCCUCCCCUCUCGCUCCUCAGGGCUGACACUGAGGUGUUCAUAAGCGUGUCCUGGGUCUGACCUGCUGCCCAUUCAAAUAUCCUCAAGAGCAUAACAGACACACCCUUCUCUUAAGGCUUUGAUCUUUCCAGGGAGGCUGUGGAGAACAUCAUCAGGUCACCCCAGUCUGCUACACAUUUGCCACUCUAUGACAUUGUGUUAUAACAAACAUUUCUAUGAUAUAAUAGAAAUACUUGCUACAAUACAGUACUGUCACACGGGGGGGCUGUAAAAGUCUGUGUGUGUUGUUCAUGUUCAUGCUCCAGAGGCAGGAAAUAAAAAACAAGUUCAGACCGUACGGUUAACAGAACCUGGCUUUAUUAAACCGUUUUUACAUACAUGUUCUCUGCAGUACCAUGCUACAGCAUCACCACAUUCAAAAAUACUCAACCAUGCCCUGACUACAGACAUAUUCUAGUAAAUGUUCCCCUAAAAGGUUAAAGAAAAUGCAAACUGUAUUUGAAAGUCAUUAGUUUACAGUAAGGAAAAAAAGAGCCACAAACUUCAGGUGUCCAGUAUUCAAGUGAAAAUGUGACUUACAGCAAGAUCGGCAACAAAAAGGUGCGUGAUCAUUAAAUCAGAAGUUACAUUAAAUACAGUACUCCACAAAACGAAGAUAACAUGAAAACAUGGCAAACAAGAGAUGAUUCGUUAACAGUGUUUUGAGCUACAGAAGGAUGAUUUGAGGUAAUCAAGAAAAGUGAUCUAAAAAUAACUUCACAUCCUUCUUAAUACUCUUCUUUUUUUUAAAAAAACAACAGUAAACAAGUAAAGGUUUACCGCAUCUGCACUGGGGACAAUCAACCUACAUCACAAGCGUGAUAAUAAAGCAUUAACACGGCUUCACUCACUCUGAAAAACGUGUUCAGUGGUAGGUUGGCAGGCUGAUAGAGGACCUAUCAUUGAAUAUUUGAGUUGAGAGCCUAUAAAAACUACUACGAGAAGAAAGUGCACAUCAUUAUUGAGUGAAUUCAGAUCGACCCUGGUACUAGAACCGGAAAGUUACACAGAAGUUUGCACCAUUACCGAAAUAAUCUACUAUUACUACUGCACCAACAUGUUGUAAAGUGGUCACCAAAAGAGAUUAUAUUUUAGGAAAAGAAACCUGUUUAGCUAUUAUAAUAAACAUGUAAAACCAUUUACUUCAUAUGUAUCGUCACGUGCUGAUUAAUCGUUACAAACAACAGUCAAAAAAUCUCUCCAAUACAAUAAGGUAUAAAAUUCAAUGCAGCAUUUUGUUGUACAACUGUACAAAA